AGGUGUAGACGUUUGUCCGUUCAGCUCCCAUAUGUUUAUUGACAUUUAAAUCGAUUGACAGUGAGUUACAUACACUACCAGAUCCAGACAUAAACACGGCGCCGAAUGGAAAAAACACAAGAUUUUUUUCUAUUCCGUCAACAUGUGAGUGUGUGAGGAAAAUCGUAGGUUAUCAUGCACCUGCACUUUGAGAGGACCAUCAAUGCGAAAAGUGAUUGUUCCAUUCUUUCGCUCACAUGGAUGGGAAAAGUGCCUGAUGAACUGCCAGAGGACGAAGGAUGGAAACUGAACAGGACAAAUUACUAUCAAGAAGGCUGGCUUGCUACAGGCAACGUUAGGGGUAUCGUUGGGGUGACUUUUACAACGUCGCAUUGCAAGAAAAACGUUGAAUUUCCGCUGAGGACGAACUAUAAUCUAAGGGGACAUCGAUCUGAGGUAAUUCUUGUGAAAUGGAACGAGCCUUACCAAAAGCUGGCAUCCUGCGACAGCUCGGGCAUAAUAUUUGUCUGGAUCAAGUACGAGGGUCGCUGGUCAAUCGAGCUAAUAAACGACCGGAACACUCCGGUGACCCAUUUCUCGUGGUCACACGACGGCCGAAUGGCCCUUAUUUGCUACCAGGACGGCUUCGUCCUCGUCGGCUCCGUGGCCGGCCAGCGUUACUGGUCCUCCAUGUUGAACCUCGAGGCCACCAUCACAUGCGGCAUCUGGACUCCAGACGACCAACAGGUCUACUUCGGCACGACCUCCGGCCAAAUCAUCGUGAUGGACGUCCAUGGAGCGAUGGUGUCGCAAGUCCAGCUCAGCUCCGAAGUGGGGAUCACGUCCAUGGCAUGGUCCUGCGAAAAAUUCAAGAUGGAGGAAGGGGAUGAUAAUGAUCCGGGAGUGGCAAACGCAGGAGAAAGGAAGUUUGUCUUGGCGGUGUGUUUGCAGAAUGGGUUUAUUUUCCUGCUAAAGACGUUCGAUGACGUGUCGCCGACUCAGAUUGAUACGGGGAUGCAAGGGCCAUUGUGCAUGGAAUGGAGUAAUUCGAGGGAAUUGUUGGCGGUCGCAGGAGUCGCUUGUGAUAACAAAAGUGGAGGAGUUCAAGUGGAGUACACCAAUUUGUUGAAGUUUUAUAACGAGAAAGGCGUUUUGUUGUAUUCGGCCAUCGUUCCCUUCACUCAGGCCCCUGUGUCCGCUUUAACUUGGGGCCACAACGACAAAAGGCUAUUCCUCGCCACCGGCACCCAAAUUCACAUCGCUUGGGUUUCGCGAAGAAUUGCCACUCUUCAACUUCUUUCUCGUUUGCGAAUUCACGAUUCAAUCCAACAAGAAAACCAACUACCUGCCUUACCCCUACCGGCUCGAAUACGUAAUUUGAUUGGAAAUUUGUUUGCUCAAACGAUUAGGUGCUGCGUCCCCGAAUCCACUGCUUUACGCGAAUUCGUCUCUCACCCCCCUGUCGGUUCCGUCAGACUCCACUGCACCAUGAUACGUCACGACGACGACAACAAUCUAUCUUCAGGGACUUGCUACACUCUAUAUUUGGAAUAUUUGGGAGGUUUAGUACCACUACUCAAAGGCAAAAGAACCAGUAAAAUCCGCCCGGAAUUCGUUAUUUUCGAUCCCCAAGUCGAAGAUAUCCAUUUGCAAUGGUCCCCCCCGGAAUCGAAAAGUUCCGGGUCUUCAAGCCACUCGACCAGCGUUGGGGGUCUCUUAACCGACUCUUCGGACAGCGACCGUGAAGAAGGCUGCACCAGCUCCCCCCGUAUGCAAAGACGAAGAAAACGAAGAAAUAAAUCUCACACUCGUGUCCCCACCGAACGACAGUCGGGCCAAAGUUCCGGGGACGCCGAACCGGAGGAUUUAGCCUAUGUGGACACGCUUCCGGAGCACGUGCGUCUAGUGGAGGUCACGUCGAAUAUCUGGGGUACCAAGUUCAAGAUUCACGGGUUGGCAACAUUGGUUCCUGCGAAUUUGGGUCAAGUGACUUAUAAGACAUCUUUGUUGCAUUUGCAACCGCGACAGAUGACGCUAGUGAUGACCGAACUUCGCGAUGAUUUUCCGGUGAUUCCCGAUCCGAAUUUCAACCCGAAUUUGUUUUCCGAAGACGAGGAGGAGUUGCAAAUUGACGGGAAGAAGAUUCCGAGAGGGGUUAUUGAUAAUAGCCCUCCGAUAGCCCCCAUGUCGCCACGUGGCAACCGUUUGGCUAAUUUGCCCUCAUUGGCGAAAGCCGAAUCCUACGAAGAUGAGUUCCAUGAGUUGCAUGAUAUCAGUUUUUGUGAUACUAUCCGUCCACAGACGUCAACUAAUCGUCCGAGUAAUAGCACCCAAAGUACCAGUUUCGUGGGGCAAUUUAACCGAAAUGGUACCGGUAAUGGUACCCAAAGACAUGCUAUUUCACCCCUUUGUUGCGAAGGAUCAGUACCAGCGCUCCAAUCACCGAAAAACGCAGUAGCCCCCAGUGAUAUUAUUUUCGACAGACCCCCAGCCCAGACACUAAUCACUUAUUCAAAUAGUGACUACGGUAACAAUGUCCAAAAAGUCAAAAACAAUUUCAUCGAGCAUCACCAGAAGGCUGUCAUCGUAAAGAAUGAGAAAAAGAAAGACUUGAGUUUUAUAGAUGAGGAGGCCCUCCCGGGGCCCUCCACCUCAAUCCGCCCCUCCAACACUCUAUGUUUGGCCGACUCGAUGGUUCGUAGUUGCAGUGUGGGCUAUUUAGACAUGGUGGACGCUCAAUUAGUUCCUAGCGACGUUGCCCUUUUAAUGCUGCGUAAAGACGCACCAAAAAGACUAGUUUUGGUCAAUCGCAAACAAAAAACGAAACGUCAAAGUCGCCAACAUCGUGAAAACCGAAAUAACAAAUCCCCCAAGUUGAAAAAUUGUGGCAAAUCGAAAAGUCUCGAUUCGAGUGAUCUGUUCCCCAACACCGAACCUGUCAUCCCAUCCAAAGCCAAUUUUAUUGAAGAAGUUAUACCGGAAGUUAGUAACAAGUCGAGUAGUUCGUCACCGGAUACUGUCGAUGAGAAUUCGAAUAAGAAAGAGACGAAAUUGGGCUUUUUUGCGUCGAGGUCACCGUUGAUGAGGAGGAAAAAGACAGAGGAGAAGACAAGAGGUCGGCCGAAACAGAAAACUGUAAAUCAACAGAUUGAUAAUCAGAGGAAUGGAAUGCCGUUGCAUACGCAAGCUUUGGCCAAUUUGGAAAAGUUGAUUACGAGGUUGAGGGAAGAUGAUAAGGCGACGCCACCGCCGUCGCCGAGGUUACCGAGGAGCUCGCCGGCGUCGCCAGCCCCAAGCAAAAAAGGUAAAAGGCCUCAAUCGGCCUCCCCAAUUCGGAAAAACCUCCUUUCUUCGCCACUGUUGGGCCGAAGAAAUAAGAAAAAUCGCCACCAGGAGAGCUCCGAUGACGAGGUCACAGCGUCGGGAGACGAAGUUUUCAAUGGGACGAACUACCGCGAUUUGGAAACGUUUCAAAAAGCACAAUUAAGACAAAAAUUAAAGCGAGGCAAAAUCGAGCCUAACGGAAGCAACCAUUGCAACAACCAUUCUAUACCUCAAAGGAGAGAAUUCGUAAUGCACAACAAGGCGCCAAUGUGGAACGAAAACAGUCAGGUGUACCAACUGGAUUUCGGUGGAAGAGUGACCCAGGAAUCGGCGAAAAAUUUCCAAAUCGAGUUUCGGGGAAAACAAGUUAUGCAGUUUGGGCGUAUUGACGGAAACGCCUACACACUAGAUUUCCAGUAUCCAUUUUCCGCUCUUCAGGCGUUCGCAGUGGCUUUAGCUAACGUUACGCAAAGACUAAAAUAGGCCGAACCAUAUCUCACGUUUUUACAAAAAGGUGCCAAUUUAGCCAUGUUUUCGAUCGUUAAAGCCGACCAAAUACAAUGAAAAUUAAAUUUUAACAGUACAAGCUUAUAGGUAAUAUUCUAAGGAUACUAAAUAGUCUCAGAGAUUUCUGCGUACCUCAAUGUAAAGUCUGUUUUUUUUUCAAUGGAAAUGCCAAACAGUCUUAACGUUGGUACCACUAGUAAUUUUAAUAAAGGAAGUUGGCAGUUCCGGUUUUUUGAAUUCAUUUGACAACAAUGUCAU